CACCAAUAUUCGGGGGCAUAUUUCGUAAAUUCCGCCACCAUUUAGGAUCUCUUUAUGUUCUUCACAGUUCACUGUCCUUUCGUCCUUCUCUCUUUUCUGUGGAGUCCCCAAACGCAACCAAGGCUCUACACUGUAACUAUACACUUCGCGCGACAUUUCCACAUUCGAUCCUCUCUUCUUCCUUUUUCUCUUCUGGUCGGCCUCGAUUCCUCUGUGUUCUAUCAAUUCUCUUUCAGACCGUUCCUUUUUUUUUUUUUCUUCUCAAUUUCUGCAAUGUGCUUCAAACACCCUUGAUUUUGUUUCUGCCAGAGUUAAUGUACGGACGUCCUCAACCCUUGACCGUAGGCGACCAGAUCGCCUCCGUCCCUGACUGUGGCGACGGCGGCGAGCCCUUGGAUAAUCGCCUUGUUCGAUAUGGAGCUCACGCUCUUGAAGACGGCGCUGGAGUAGGCGGUAUGAUUGAGGAUCUCAACCCUGAUGCCGUUUAUGCUUCCGCCGGUGAUGGUUCAGACAUGGCUAUUCAACGCAGCGAUGGUUCAAGCCAGCUCACACUUUCAUUCCGUGGUCAAGUGUAUCUAUUCGAUGCGGUUUCUCCUGAGAAGGUUCAAGCAGUGUUAUUAUUGUUGGGUGGUAGCGAACUAUCUUCUGGUCAGCAAAGCGUGGAUUUGGUAACUCAGAGUCAGAGGAAUGCUGUGGACUUCCCCGGACGUAGUGGUCAACCGCAGAGGGCAGCAUCGUUAAAUCGGUUUAGGCAGAAAAGGAAGGAGCGAUGUUUUGACAAAAAAGUCCGAUAUGGUGUCCGUCAGGAGGUUGCUUUCAGGAUGCAGCGCAACAAGGGACAGUUUACUUCUUCCAAGAAGCCUGAUGGUUCGUAUAGCCAUGGUAGUGUCUCAGAGCAAGGUCAAGAAGAAAGUCCACUAGAAACUUUAUGCACAAAUUGUGGCACAAGUUCAAUGGCUACCCCAAUGAUGCGGCGAGGACCAUCUGGUCCUAGAUCACUUUGCAAUGCCUGUGGACUUUUUUGGGCAAACAGGAUUGUCUGGCUGAUGGAUAUGCCAGACCUUUGCAAGGGACUUUUUGGCUUUUAUUAUGUAAGAUGUGUCAUCUAUAUGCUAUUUCAUACUUGUAUGAAAUUUUUUGUUAUUGAUAUCUUGUUUGAUUGGAUGUUUUGAGUUAAGAUUUACAAUUUUUAUGGAUCUCUGUAUGGGGAACAAUGAUUCUAGCUGCACUUGGAACGAGUGGGAACAGAAAAAAAUUGAUGAUACACACAGUGUCUAGGUUAGUUUGGGUCUUUUUAGUACUGUUGACGUGAUUAACAAUUUUUACGGUAAACCACUCUGACCAGCAUGUGCAUUUUCUUUCGUUAGUCUAACUCGAUUUUUCUGUGUCUCUACUACCUAGCUGACUACCUCAUAUAUCUCUUCCUUUGUCCUUUGUUAUUUUCUUUUGCUGCUUCAUGAUGCAGUGUAAUCAGGAGUAGUUUGGUAAU